AUGAAAUCGUCUUCUAUUCUUUCCACCUGUAUGAUGGCGUUGGCUGCCACUACAGCUGCUGCUCCCACCGAUGCAGAUGUUACCCCUGUGACUGUGCUCAAUGCCACUGCCCUCGAUGAUCCUAACGACAUCCCAGUUUGGUGCGAAAGGAAAAAUAGUAUGUUGGGACUCAGUUGGCGCUGGAACGUCUACAUCAAAGGUGUCGACGAUCAGCCUUGGCCCCCUCUGUGCGACAAGUUCUGGAAGAAUCUCAAGAAGCAUGCGUUCUUCUGCGGGGUCUCUCGUGGAUACUGCGGACCUGCAGGGCACCCUCAAGACGGCUUGAACCACAUUCUCAACUGGGCGUUCGACACCCCCCUUUUCUGCCAGUCGUGGCACGUUUCUGCUGCAUAUUGGGAGGCAACCGAUGACAAAUACGGAAAGAUGGACGAGAGGAAGUGUAAAUAG